AUGACAAAUUCUUUACCUCCCCGCAGAAAUUAUGCAAGUCAGUGUAAAACACUGUCUGUUGAACAACUUACUAGUUGUUUAAAACCAGCUAGCUUAUCUGGUUACCGCCAUGGUGCUACAGAUAAUGCAGGACAUGUGACACGACUUUUGAUAUGUAUGAACGUUUGGUAUAUGGCAAGUACAUAUCCUCUAAUUAUAUACUUAAUUUUAUUAAAUUUCCUACUGACAAAUGUCGAUCGUGAUGUACACAAAUUCAUGUAUUAUCUAUCAAGAAGCCUUUGCUUUUUAAAUGCAUGUUCAAACUGGAUAUUCUAUUGCGCAUCAGGGCGAUUGUUUCGUUCACGUAUACGUCAACUGAUACGUCGUUUCAUCUACCGCAUACAUUUAUAUCAUUCCAGUCAAAGUUCUGCUCCCUUGCCGCCAGAUUAUACAAACCAUUUUAAAAAUCAGUUUGCAUUGAAUACAGCAACCAGUGGACAUCACACGCGCAUAACGUCUUUAUUUAAAUUUGCAAAUGCAUUCCGGAAAGAUACCAAAAUUUUGAAUAAUCAAUCUAAUGGUAACAAGAAUAGAAAUGUAUUGUAUGCAAACAUUGAGUUUUUACAGAAUCCGGAUGUCGGUAGACUUGGUGAAAAUUUAACAGAUAUUUCAAAUGAUUGCGCAAAAACUCAAGAAAUAGAAAAUGCUUCAAUUUUCAAGCGCAAUACUGAUGAUAUGAACAACUAUUCAAACAACUGUUUCCCAUUAGCCGUCAAUGAAGGUGUUGAGAAUGACAAAAAUGUUUUGGAUAGAAAACACCAUAAAGAGGACAAUAAUCACCACCAAAAUGAUAGGAAUGAUGGCGAGAAAAAUCAUUUUAUACUUGGGUGUAAUGGAUGUUUUACUGGGUUCUGUUGUUGGAGGUUUUGGUGGUAUGGUUUAAUGGGUGGCUGUAUAAAACGUAUACCGAACACAAUGAUAACUAAGCAAGAAAGCAGUCAAAGUCAUUCAGUUCAAAUGUAUACAGCAUUAUCAACUUCGCCGUCUGUAUACGAUAAUUUCAACAUGCGUCGUCGACAUUCAGAAUAUGCUUUGAAUAACUUAACGCAUAAAUAUUCCAAGCAUUACCGAUCUACGGAGAAAUUUCGUGAAUUAGAACCCAAAAGAAAAUUAGAGUUGGACUUGGCUAUUCAAAAUACAUUCAGUACAUCGAUCAAUAGAAAACUACAAACAACAUCAAAAUCAUAUUUUGGCAAAUUAGUCACUAAUAAUAAUAAUACAUGUCAUUCAAGUUGUGAUUCGGUUACAACAUUUGAAAGAGAUAAAUCUGUAGAUGAAAGGACUAAUAACAUUACCGACUUAUCCGUGACACAAGCAAUCAUUCCAAAGUGUUUCUGUUUUAUCUCAUCACAUGGUAAUAGGAAAUUUAAUUAUAACUUAUGCAAAUACCAUACAGAUUUUAGUUCAUCAUGUCGUCAUCAUCAUAAUCAUAGUCACAAUCAACAAUAUCGUCUACAGCAUAAUUCAUAUUUACACUUCCAAACACAUUGUCAGCAUACAUGUAAACAUAGCUGGCAACAAAAAUGUCGAUUUCCGUCCUCCUCCAGCUCUGUAACGAGUGAUAAUCAUGUUACUUGUACAACAACUUUAAAGAUGACAACAACAACAACUAAUACGACUACUAACUGUAAUAAUACUGACAUGAACAGUGACAAUUUAGUAACGCAACGGUAA